AUGGCUGAACAAAAGAUAUGCCAUGCACUGACAGAACAGUCCGAUGUGUUAAUAGCAGUGACAGGAUGCUCGAAACUGAGGGUUUUAGAACAGGAAUCCACCGAGCUGGCCAUGCUCCUCAUUGCCAUCCAUGUCGACCCGUGCCACGACAAGGUCGUUCAAGUACUUCCGGUCUCCACACUCAGGAUACAGCCGCGCAUCAGAGACGCUGUAGACGUCAUCGUCAGCAUAAUAGACUAUUUUGACUACUCGAAGGUCGCCGUCAUAUUUGAUGCGUCAGUCUUUGCAGGAAUCAACGAGAUUAGACACGAGUUGUCGGCUCGUUUGAUAGAGACUUCCUUUACACAGUUAGCCAAUAAGGAGCAGAGGGAUGUGUUGUUAUGGUUACAAAAGCUGAAGAAACUCGGCAACCGCACGGUGUGCGCAUUGGUGCUUCUUGAUAACGUAAUGACCGUGGACCUGCUGAAAACGUGGUCGUCUAUGAAACCCACGUCCAAUACAAUUUCCUGGUUAUCUGUCCUUGACCUGGUAAACCCGGACAUGUUUAACACCGUGGUCGAAGCAGAUUACGUACACCGACUGAUAUUGGCGACGUCUUUGACUGUGAGCGAUAUACCAACCAAACUGGGAAUGUUUUCUGCCAAUACAACAUGGCUGGAUAACUUUACAAUUUCAGAUACCUAUUUGUUUGACAGCAUCGUGUAUAUAGCGGAAUUGUUUAAUGAUGUGAUGAACAGAAAUGCUUCCAUUGGUACAAGGCGUUCUUCCUGCUACGGAAAACAAUUGAACACGUCAACGUUAUCUCAGGAUAUGAUAUCGGCUAUAGACAAGGUUUCAACAAACAAAACACUGGCAUCGCCGGUGUCAUUUGGAGGGCGUGGUUAUAAUAGUGACGUCACAUACCAUAUCAUCAACGCCAUCAGGAAUAACGGCACGCAGAGUCUCGAACCCGUGGGCAGCUGGACGACGUCAGGUGGUUUGGUCAUGAUGAAACAUGUGUUCAGUGACAGAGAACAGGGGCUAGAGAACAUGAAGUUUCGAAUUGGAACCAACGAGGCCCCACCAUUCACUGUUUUUCGCGGUGGCCGCUGGGAAGGUAUCUGCAUCGACAUACUGAACGAGUUGGCUGCUAGACUCCAUUUCCAGUAUGAACUUGUCAGACCUGCGGACAGGUUGUGGGGAUCCUCCACUAAGGACGGUUCCUGGAAUGGCAUUGUUGGCAUGACAACGAGAGGAGAGUGUGACUUUGGAGUCGGCCCCUUCAGCCUGUCGGCCGAGCGAGAGUCCGUGAUCGACUUCACUAAGCCGUUCAUGGAGGACGGGUCGGGUCUGAUCAUGAAGCGGUUCGAGGACAAGAACAGCAAGAUGUUCAGGACGUUCAAGCCGUUCUCCAGGGACGUCUGGAUCCUCAUCGCCGGCUCCAUCAUCGUUGUCGGCCUCAUCCUCUGCGCCGUCAAUAACGUCAGUCCCACCAGCGGCAGCGACGAGGACGAGAAGACACCGCGCGGUCGAGCCAGGACGCCGAGAGGACUGGCCGACAACUUGUGGAUUGUGUAUGGGUCGUACAUGGAACAAGGCGCAGAGAAAACGCCAGCUAAUAUAUCAGGGCGGUUCAUCCUCGGUUUUUGGUGGGUGUUCACGAUUCUGAUGGUGGCUUCUUACACGGCGAACCUGGCCGCUUUCCUCACCGUGUCGUUCUCUGACGAACCCAUCAGCUCCCUGGAGGACCUGGCCAAACAGUCGGAGAUUAGACCGCUAGUCAAGAGCGGGUCGAAUCUGGAAACACUCUUCAAGAAAAGCGAGACUGAGACCCACCAGAGAAUCUGGGAGAUGCUACAGACGUCCCCACGGGUCACCAACAACAGCGCGGCGCUGCAGCUGGUGCUGUCGGGACGGUACGCAUUCAUGAGCGACUCCAUGCAGCUAAAGCUGAUGAAGACGGAAGACUGCGACAACCUGAUGAUCGCAGAGUCCACGUUCAACGUCGUCGGCCUCGCAUUCAUCGUGAGCGAGUCGUCACCGCUCCUUGAAAUACUCUCUGUCAACAUUAUAAAACUUCUGGAGUCGGGACUGAUCGAGAAAUGGAAACAGAAGUGGUUUUCGUCUACAAACAAAAUCUGCACUGACGUCAUUGCCACGAGCAGUGUGAAGAGCCUGGAGCUGGAGAGUACAGUGGGCCCGUUCCUCGUGUUUUCCGUGUCCACCACACUCGCACUCAUCUGUCUGGCGGUGGAACACGUCAUCUAUCACGUGACAAAAUGGCGAUGCGGGAAGAAAAGUGACGCGGCCAUUACACUUUGUCCUGAAUAAUAAAAUAACAGUCAAAAUAUCAAAUAUAGCCCUCUUCCCAUCCCCGCCCAUAUCAAGCAGCAGGUCCGUAAUGAAGCGUGAGUGGGGAGGAGUACUUGAGUUGUGUUGUAUAUAGGUCAAAUCAAAAUAUAGUGAACAACAAAGAAACGCAAAUAUUAAUCUAGUUUUCUUCAAUUAAUUCUCACUCCCAAUAGCCGAUGUGUAGUCUUGUGUUGGAGUUUCGUUAAACAUUAAUUCAUUCUUCAGUUAAUUCUCACUCCCAAUAGCCGAUGUGU